AUGGUAACAUCUGGCUCUAGGUCUUCUUCACAAUCUAGUAGAGGUAGGACUGAUAUAACAUGGGCACAUGUUAUUGAGGGUGUAGAUCCAAAUGGAAGGAAGACAUUAGAAUGUCUUCACUGUGGGAAAGUAACUAGAGGAGGAGGUAUUUUUAGAAUGAAACAACAUCUAGUUGGAACAAAGGGGGAUGUUGGUGCUUGUUUAAAAGUUCCUUUUGAUGUUCAAUACUUGAUUAGAGAAUCACUAAAAGACAUUGGGAUAAAGAAUAAAGAGAAGGCUGAUUCUAGUAAGUAUAAUACUCUCUAUGGUGCUCCCGUACAUGGAUUUGAGGGAGAUAUGUUAAAUGAAGAUAGUGAAGAGUUUCGUCCAUCAGAAAUUCACAUAAAUGAAGAUGAUAAGAAGGAUGUGCAACUUCUUGUUGAUAGUUACAGAAAAAUUUGGGAAAAUGUUGGAUGUACCUUAAUGGCUGAUGGUUGGACUGAUAAUUCACAUAGGUCAUUGAUCAAUUUUAUGGUGUAUUGUCCUAAGGGAGUUUGUUUUGUGAAAUCAAUUGAUGCUUCAGAUGUUGUGAAGGAUGUUGGGACAUUGUUGAAGAUGUUUGAGGAGGUAGCUUUAUGGAUUAGACCAAAUAGUAUUGCCCAUUUUGUCUCAGACAAUGGAUCCAAUUAUAAAGCUGUUGGAAGAAUGCUGUCUGAGAAAUAUUCGAGUAUUACUUGGUCACUCUGUGCAGCACAUAGCAUAAAUUUGGUGUUAAAAGACAUAGCUGAGAUGGAUCACAUAGUGUAUCUUGCGAGACGUGCUUCUGAGGGUUGGAAAGAAAUUGUUCAUCUAGGCGCAACCCGUUUUGCUACAACUUUCAUUGCAAUGAGAAGCCUUCAUGAGCACAAACAUGACUUGCAAGCCAUGGUGACAGAUAGGAGCUGUUACAAGAGAAUAAGUUUCAAUCCUAUUGAUUAUGAAAGUAUUGACAAAACUGAAGGUUGGAUAGUUGACGAUGAAGAGGAGGUCAGUGAACUUAAUUAUGAAGAGUUGGAACAAAUGUUCUAUGGAGAAGGAUCUAUUUCUACUGGAGUUGCUGAUCACCCUUCUUUUUAUAAUUCAACCGAUGGUUCAGAAGUUCUUACUUCAAAGCACUUAAUUUCUUGA